CAGGAGGGUGGAGCCAGGGAAGGUGAGUGGCAGAAUCGCUACACCUGACGAUAAUUAACCUGUGUUUUGUGUGUGUUUUCCCAGUAAACCGCUCCCUAUUUAAGGAGGCUGAGAGAGAGCGGAAGGAGCGCAACCCGGGAGCGGAUGCAGAGUGUGUUUAUGUGUGUGUGUUUUGGCUUACGCCGCUAGACUGAAAAGUUUGGGAAAAUAAAUAAGCCGUCUCUGCAUCUAAACGUUGUCCUGUCAUCCUCUGUGCUCCACCCACACAUUAUCUGCGCUACACUGCUUUACAACAAUGUUGAUAAAAGCGCGAUACCGAUAAACUGACUUGACUUUCCGCUUUGCAUAAGAUCACAUUUCCUGUUGAUUAUUUCAUUGCUCUGACCACAAAACAUUGUGUCAGCUCAAACUUUCCCCACCACAGAGUUGCGCAACAUACAAUGACUCAUAUAUACACAGGGCUUUAAAAUUGCGCGCCAGCCUUACACACUCUCACACAUUCUCUUGCACAUACCUGAUACAGAACGCAGAGGACAAGCCUACGUUUUAGCAUAAGUGUUAGAAUUAGUAUUAGCAAUAAAAUUGUUGAGCUUUUAAGGAUGAACUGCAAGAUGGUGUCUGUUUUUAUGCUCCUGGUCUUCAUCACCCUGACAGUAGGAGUGAGUGUUGAGCCACGGUGUCGCUGUAGUGGAGUUGAGAGUCGCCGUAUUGGGAAACUGAUUGAGCACGUUGAACUUUUCCCUCCGAACCCACACUGCACACACACUGAAAUCAUAGCCACGUUGAAGGGCAGCCGUCAGCAGAUCUGUCUAGACACUAAAGCACAAUGGGUAAAGAAGGUGAUUGAGAAGAUCAUGGCAAACCGUUCACCCUGAAGAUGUAACCUGCACUAUGUUGAGAGUGUCUGUGUGUAUUUGUGUGUGCAUAUAUGUUUAAGUGUCUGACUUCAUCUGCGCUAUUUAUUUAUGUAUUUAAAUAUUUAUGUCAUUUUUCUAUUUCUUUCUUUUUUUUAAUAAAAAUGAACAAUAAAUA